UAUUCAUUCGACCCGUCCAUACAAACGGCUUCUUCCGCCUCAUCCCUUCUGCCCUGGUCCCAGAGAGCCUCUCCGUCGCCAUCUGCAGCAGCCACGCUCGACCACUUGCAUGCACCUCGUCGUUACACAAGGCCAGCCAACCAAGACACAUCAAUCGACAUCGCCCUCCCCCAGCACCGCCUGCAUCUCCUCCACCCCGUCCUCCUCCUCCUCUUCCUCCAUCAACCCUCAGCCCGCCGUCACCAUCCACGCUCUCUCCCUCUCUCUUUCUCUCUUCCUCUCUUCCUAUCUCCCCCCCCACCCCUCUCUCUCUCUCCCACUCCCUUCCCGAAGAUGCAGACUGCCAUCGUCCUCCAUGGCCCGACUGCUCGCCUCUUCCCUCCAGCCUGAUGCCCAGCGCCCUUCCCUCUUCUUCCGCCUGCCGCCCGAGCUGCGCAACCGCAUCUACCACCUCUGCGCCGGCAACUACAUGGAAGUUGCCGCCGGUGGCACUCCCCUCGAUCCAGACUCUUUCCUGCGCGACGGCCAUGUCACCCCAGUCCCGCCCCUGCUCUUGACCUGCAGGUUGAUCGCCAGCGAGGCCACGGCAGUUCUAUACAGUCUCGCCCGCCUGCGGUACGUCGCCGUCCUCGGCUCCACGCGUGUCGAGGUCCACGCCGUUGGCCGCUUCUCCCCGCGUGCCAUACACCACUUACACCUCGAGAUCCGCCCCGUCUGUUGGCAGCAGGCCUGUGACAACCUGGCCCGCCUCGUGCCCCGCCUCACUAGCCUCGAGACGCUCGGCAUAUACCUGCCACGGCCCAUGGGUUGGGAGCAGCAUCCCCUCCAUGACGGCGGCCUGGCGGGCAAUCUGCCGCGUCAGACCCCCAGCAAUCAGCACCACAUCAACGGCUACCACAGGACGAGCAACAACAGGGCCUUGCUAGCGGACAGCGCCUGGCGCGCGCUCAAGCCGAUCCUUGUCGCCGCUCAGAGGUCCGGGCUUGCAAGUCUCGAGCUCAGAGGUUCAUAUGAUCGCCGCUUCGCAAAGCUCGCACAGGACCAGCUUGACCUGGACGUCAUCCUGGGACCCCAGGACCACGACUACUACAUCACCGAAGAAGACGGCGAGCUGGAACAAGAACAGCCGCCUGUCGACAAUGUUGCCCAGAACGGGCCACUAGAACAUCCCAUGUCUCAUGGACCGAGCAGUCCACAGCUUGCGGCACUCCCACUGACACCGGCCAUCAUGAUUAGAAGGCCACCAAUAGUGCAUCUCGAGACCGAGACACACCAGGGUCAUCCUUAGAUUCUCUGCCACACAGACUUGAGCCAUGGCGGACGAUAUAUAGUUUGCAUUACAAGAAAUAAUUUUAUCUGCGCAAUGCGCUCCCCCCGAGAGGAA